UCAAACAAUAAAGUUUCGUUUCUGACCGACUGCUGAGUCACAUAAAUCAGCUGUCGGUCUUUCAGAGCCACUACGCCAAAAUGUUUUCGUGGGGAGAGGACUGUCAAAAGGGCUUUCGGUUGAGAAACGGCUCAAAUAUCUCAACAGGUGAUCCAGUUCCCUUUUUAAACCUCAGUUUUCACAUCACGGAUCUGUCAGCAGGUCACAGGGCGAUCGCCUUCGUCAAAAGCAAUGGAGAUGCGUUCAUCAUUCGCACAACUGAGAGCGGAGAUGGGACAAGAGUCAGAGGAAGGCAGAAGUAUGUGAAAUGUCAAGAGAAGAUUGAGGCUGUGGGUUGUGGUGAUGAUACGGUCACACUGCUGACUGAGACGGGCAAAGUUCUGUGUGUGGACACAGCUCACACUCCUUUCACUCCAAGGACACUUGAGGUUUUGUGUAAAAUCCCAGUUUCUCAGGUUGCUUGUGGGAGCCAGCAUUCAGUUGCCCUGACCAAAGAUGGUCAGGUGUAUACAUGGGGCCAGGACUCCAGAGGCCAGCUGGGUCUGGGGGAGAGGAAGCCCGGCGCCAAUUCACCCCAACACCUCCGAUCUCUGUCAGCGGUGCCCCUGGUUCAGAUCGCUGCAGGGGGAGAGCAGAGCUUCGCCCUCUCUGUCUCUGGAGGUGUGUUCGGCUGGGGCAGAAACGACAGCGGACAGCUCGGGCUGGGAGACACAACAGACAGACAUACACCAACUCCUGUUCUUUGCCUGAACAUGAAGAAAACUGUUCGCAUUUCCUGUGGAAAGGACCACACUGCCAUUUUGACAAAGACUGGUGCAGUGUUUACAUUUGGCUCUGGUCAAUAUGGACAGCUUGGGCACAACUCAUUCAGCGAUGAACUACGACCUCGGCUUGUUGCAGAGCUCUGGGGGGCAAAGGUCACCAAAGUUGCAUGUGGACGACAUCACACAUUAGUGAUGACAGACUCCAAGAGGGUCUAUUCCUUUGGGUGUGGUGAGCAAGGACAGCUGGGACAUGGAGAGGCGAGUCAUUGGUCUGUGCCACUACCUGUUCAAAUGCCACAAGACACCACUAAUGGUCCCAUAAUUAGAAACAUCUACGCAGGAGGAAACUGUUCGUUUGCAACGUGCAUGUCUAUUCAGGAAGUUCAUGAGGAGUCAGCCACUGACAAUGUCAGCAAAAUGUCACAGCUCUCUAUUGAUGAUAUGAUUGACAAAUGGGUCUCUAAAUGUUAUGCAAAAUCAGUGAAAAACUUAAAACAGGAAAUCCGCAGGGCGUUUUCCUCUGCAUCCUGUGUGAAUCAAAGCUUCCUUGAUCAAAGCAAAGAUGAACAUUUCCAGACUUCACCAAAGUACUCCGGCUUGAAUUUGUCACUUGCACAACAUUGUUUUGAGAAACUGGUGAAGAACGAUGAUGUUUUGGCAGAGGUUCAGGCUGCUGUUCUGCGGUUGCUUCCCUCUCUUGAUAAGAAGCCAGUGGGAGUGGAGGGGUUGAGGAUCUUCCUGCUUCUCAAUGAGCUUCUGCAUGUGAUCCAGAGUCACAAACAGCAACAAACAAGCACAAAGCUCGCUGAGGCGGUCGCUGCUGCCAUACUAAGACUCUCUGCUGACAGCCUCCAGGUCAUAGGGGACUGGUGGUCCUCACUGUCGCCCUCCACCAUGGUUAAACAUGUUAAGGUGUGGAAGCAGGCCCUCUCAGAGAUCCUGUCCUUUAAGCCUGUUCCUCGCAACUCUGGAGUCAGAAACCUGCUGCUAGUCCUCCGGUAUAUGUACAAUGCCAACAGCAGGAUUGCAGAACCGCGAAGGAUGCCAGAAAGCAACUUUUGUUUGUUGACUGACAUUGACUUUCUUCAUGAGGACCUGUGGCUUUGGCGUUUACGGUCGCAACACAAGAAUGGGCAUGCUGAGCCACUUAUCCUUUGUAGCUUUCCAAUUGUGAUGGAUCUGCAGUCAAAGAAAAUGGUUUUUGACAUGAAUGCUGAAUACACCAAGUCGGAAACAAUGAGGCUCAACCUCUGGAAGUGGUUUUUGAGAUGGGGAUUGCCGCCGCCUCAAAACCUGGUCUUUAAACUGGAGCUGAGGCGAGCAUCGGUUUUGGAAGACACCUUUGACCAACUGGCUGCUGCUCAUCACAAUGACUACAAGAUGCGACUUGUGGUUUAUUUUGAUGAAAACCGUACAUUAGAUAAUGUCUACAUAAAAGACUUCUUCUACGAAGUGUUUCACGAGAUGGUGUCAGCUGAAUCUAUGAUGUUCAUGAGCAAUGACUCUGAAACGCUGGCAUGGUUCCCAUCCAAAGCAACACAGGAGGACCAGAGAUACUUUCAGUUUGGGGUUCUGUGUGGAUUGGCUUUAUACCACCAGUGCAUCAUAUACUUACCUUUCCCACUGGCUCUGUUCAAGAAGCUGCUUGGUGUAAAGCCUUCACUGGGGGAUAUGAUAGAAUUCAGCCCAUGUGUUGGAAAGAGUCUGCAGUACAUCCUGGAAGACUACAAAGAUGAUGACAUAGAAAACCUGGGCAUGUAUUUUUUGAUUGACUGGGAUGGGACAGAGGUUGACCUUGAUCCUCAAGAUCCUGGAAAGCCAGUGAUGAGUCAAAAUAAGAAGGAGUUUGUGGAUGCCUACGUGAAUCAUGUCUUCAACACAUCAGUGGAGGGUGUGUUUCAGGAGUUCGAGCGAGGCUUCUUCCAGGUGUGUGACCGGGAUCUGGUGAAGCUGUUUCGGCCAGAGGAGCUGCAGGAAGUGCUGGUGGGCAAAGACUUCCAUGACUGGGCAAAGCUGAAACAGAACACAGAUUAUGAGGGGGGGUACAAUGUUGGCCACCCCACCAUAAAGAUGUUUUGGGAGGUUUUUGAUGAACUAACUGAGGAUCAGAAGAAAGCUUUCCUUUGGUUUGUGACAGGUUUUGAAAGGGAGCCUAUUCUUGGCAUGAAAAAGAUCAAGAUGACAGUCACAGUUGGACAAGUCCAGGACCUGUCCUACGACCAGUACUACCCUGAAACAGAAACAUGUUUCUCACUCCUGAAGCUGCCCUUAUACUCAACCAAGGAGAUCAUGCAAACCAAGCUGACAGAGGCCCUGAGCAACAACAGAAGAAGCUACAAGUGAUGGUGGGACUGUACUCCGACUAUUCACUGUACCUGUACUGAACAGAGCACUUAACAUUGUAAUAGAGCACUUUGUAAAUGGUUGGCCAAAGAGCAGCCUUUGUAGCUACUGCUAGUGUACCUGUGUAUUAGCAAACAUGAAGGGUUUAAAAAUGUUUAUGAUGAUUUUGUUAGUGGUGGGUAGAUAUCAGUGAAAAUACUGAUAUAAAUAGUACAAAUAUAUAUACGUAUGUUGUAGAGAAGUCUUAACUAAGUUAUUUAAUUAUAUUUCCUUUCACAGUUUCCUCGGGGAAGAAAGAGUUUGAUAUAUUUUGUUAUUUUGGGAACAACAAGAAAUGCUAUAAACAAAAUGAUUGCAUACAGUAAAGUAUAAUCCUCUACAUUUGUAGUGGCUGUGCGUGUUUGUUACAUUUAUCAAGGGAGAUUUUCCAAAACUUUAUGUAUGAAAAUAUGUGUUACAUGUUUACGUUUUUAUGUUGGAGCAAUAAAAAAAUACAUUCUUCUGUA